UGGGUCUCAACUUGUUUGGUACUUCAACACCUCUCUCUCUCUUCAUUGCUGCAGUGAAUAGGAAAAGUCACCCCGUGCGCGCGGUCAGAGUCCAAGCAUAACGAUAGCGGAUCAUUUUAACAUGAUGGGAUUUAACCGAAGACAUACGGAGCUCUGCAAUUAACAACACACUGGUGGGAUAUCAAAGGAGUUUAAAAUGGAGCGAACAACAAUCUGUUUGUGGAAUAACACUUUCGAGAGAUUGACGAAAAGUUUACAAAUCUGAAUGGGAUUGUAGAAGCAACAUGCUCAAGUACGGAGGCAAAUAUGUCAAUUAUACCGGUAUGCAAAGAGAAAAGCUCGGGUUUUAGAGCAAGUCAUCUUUUCUGGGCGUUACGAGACCUCCACACCAUUUCCUGAGCGAGAAUGAAAAUAAGAUUUGCCUUUCCAAGCAGACUGCGGAAGAAGAAUUUCAUUUCUUCUUUAUCAUUGCUGCUGGUGAUCUGUGCCUUCUUGCUGCUCUUCCUAAAGUUCACUGUUAAAUACAGCAUUACCAUUGAAACCUAUGGGUCUACCGCAGGCUACAAUGACGUUGAGCUGCUCCAUCGCUACAACAUUGACUGCAAUGCCAUCUAUGAAAUGGAGCCGGCCGAGUUGGGGAAGUCGCUGGUCAUCAGAAAACAAGUGGUGGUGGAAGAGCAGGACAAGAGCUUGGUCAACUUGAUCUCCAACUGCCCGCGAUACCUCCGCUCCCGGGGCUAUGGGGAUGUCCAAGUGUCUGAGGAGGAGCAGGCCUUCCCCCUGGCCUACUCACUGGUGGUCCACAAGUCUGCCUCCAUGGUGGAGAAGAUCCUCAGGGCUGUCUACACCCCUAACAACAUCUACUGUAUCCACUAUGACCUGAAGUCAUCAGAACUGUUCAGAGAGUCCAUGGAGGGUCUGGCACGCUGUCUACCCAACGUCUUCAUCGCCUCUAAGCUGGAGACAGUGACGUACGCCAGCAUCAGCCGCCUCAAUGCUGACCUCAACUGCCUGUCUGAUCUUAUAGGAUCAAAGGUCAAGUGGAGGUAUGUCAUCAACCUGUGCGGUCAGGACUUUCCCCUGCGCUCCAACAUAGAGCUGGUGGCUGACCUGAAGAAGCUACGGGGGGGUAACAUGAUGGAGACAAGUCGCCCCAGCGAAUACAAGAAGCAGCGUUUCUCCUUCCACCACGAGCUGCAGAACGCGUCAUUCGAGUACCACCGGCUGCCGGUGAAAACCAACAAGGCCAAGGGGCCUCCGCCGCACGGCAUACAGAUGUUCAUUGGCAGCGCGUACUUCGUGCUCUCGCUGGAGUUUGUCAUUUAUAUGAACAAGUCUGCGCUGGUCAGGGACUUCCUGAUGUGGUCAAAUGACACCUACUCCCCAGACGAACACUUCUGGGCCACGUUGACACGGGUGCCGGGCGUGCCAGGUGAGGUGCCACGGGCCCAGGCCGACAUCACAGACCUGAUGAGCAAGACCAGGCUGGUGAAGUGGAACUACCUGGAGGGACCGCUUUACCCAUCAUGCACAGGGAAACACGUCCGCAGUGUGUGUAUCUAUGGGGCGGGGGAGCUGCGCUGGCUACUGAACUACGGCAGCUGGUUCGCUAAUAAGGUGGACGCCAAAGUUGACCCAGUCCUUAUCCAAUGUCUUGAGGAUAAAUUACAGGAGAAACAGAGACGCUUGGUCAAGGCUAUGAAGUCACAACAAAAGAUUCCCUCCUCUGUGUUAGCAGUUGAUGUUAUUCUUCAAUAAUACAAACUCCAAAGCAAAUCAGGGGGAGAAAAUGUGAUUUAUUUGAGAAAGACAAAUCAUAGAUGUUAUACUGUGAGGUAGAUGUUCAGUCUCCCCGGUCCUCAGCUUUUCUCAACAGAACAAAGGACAGGAUGCCAUUGAUAACCCCCCACCCUAGCCUGGGAUUGACCAAUAACAAGGAUACUUGUUAUUGGGCCAAUGGCCAAAUAACAAGUAUCCUGCUCCAGACUCAAUGUACAGACCAAUGAAAACGUGAGUCCAGGACUGACAUUCCACAGAAGACCUACUAUUUACAUUGACAAUUCCCUAUUAAUUGUUAAUUCUAGUACUCUCGUCCUCUCAUCCUCUGCGCUGUGUAUUUAUUUUCAAAAUAUUCUUAUACCUGAAAAGGUUAAAUAAAUGGAUCAUUGAUUAUUAAUGGGUUAAUUCAUGUGGGAAUAUGUAACCUUUGUAAUGCUGUUUUUGACAGCACCAUUUUGGUAUUAUUAAAGACAUUUGUCUGAGUUGAUCAUGUCCGAAACUCAAAUGAUGUGACAGUGCUUUAUGGUAUUUAUGAUAGUGGAAUGCUGGAUGAGAUAGUGGAAUGCUGGAUGAGAUAGACUUGGCUAUCAAUGUUAGGGUUAUUCUCUCGUUUUGCAACUUGAGACUUGAAGUGGGGGAUGUUUGUGAUAGUCUGACCUUUAUGUAAUAUGGAUUAGGUUAACCAGGGCCUUGGCUCCCAGGUGAAAGCAUGUGAAAACCAGCGUAUGAUGACUACAGUAUGUAUUCUGACUUCAGAAAGGAUUCACAUCCCUUGACAUUUUCCAGAAUUUGUUGUGUUACAUCCUGAAUUUAAAAUAGAUUGCAUUGAGAUUUUGUGUCACUGGCCUAUACACAAUACCCCAUAAUAUCAAUUCAUGUUUUUCUAAAUAUUAAUUUACAUAAGUAUUCACACCCCUGAGUCAUACAUGUAAGGAUUACCUUUGACAGCAAUUAUAGCCGUUACUCUUUCUAGGUAAGUCUCUAAGAGCUUGAUUGUACACUAUUUGUAAAAAAAAAAAAAUCAAAAUUCUUCAAGCUCUGUCAAAUUGUUUGUUGAUCAUUGAUAGACAACCAUUUUCAAGUCUUGCCAUAGACUUUCAAGAUUUAUAAGUCAAAACUGUAAAUCGGCCACUCAGGAACAUUCACUAUCUUCUUGGUAAGCAACUCCAGUGUAGAUUUAUCCUUUUGUUUUGGGUUAUUGUCCUGCUGAAAGGUGAUUUCAUCUCCCAGUGUCUGGUGGAAAGCAGACUGAGAAAGUUUUUCCUGUAGGAUUUUGCCUGCGCUUAGCUCCAUUCUGUUUAUUUUUUAUCCUGAAAAACUCCCCAGUCCUUAACGAUUACAAGCAUAGCCAUAACAUGAUGCUGCCACAACAAUGCUUGAAAAUAUGGAGAGUCGUACUCAGUUAUGUGUUUUACGCCAAACAUAACACUUUUUUAUUAAGGACAAAAAGUGAAUUACUUUGCCACAUGUUUUCAGUAUUACUUUAAUGCCUUGUUGCAAACAGGAUGCAUGUCUUGGAAUAGGUUUAUUCUGUACAGGCUUCCUUCAUUUCACUCUGUCAAUUAGGUAAGUAGUGUGGAGUAGCUACAAUGUUAUUGAUCCAGCCUCAGUUUUCUCUUAUCAAAGCUAUUAAACUCUGUAACUGUUUUAAAGUCACCAUUUACCUCAUGGUGAAAUACCUGAGAGGUUUCCUUCCUCUCCGGCAACUGAAUUAGUAAGGACGCUUGCAUCUUUUUACUGACUGGGUGUACUGAUACACCAUCCAAAGUGUAAUUCAUAAUUUCACCAUACUCGAAUGAAUAUUCAAUGUCAGCUCUUUUUUAUUUUGACCCAUCCACCAAUAGGUACCCUUCUUUCCCGAGGUAUUGGGAAACCUUGCUGGUCUUUGUGGCUGAAUCUGUGUUUGAAAUGCACUGCUCGACUGAGGGAUGUUACAGAUAAUUGUAUUUGUGUGGUAAAGAGAUGAGGUAGUUAUUCAUAAAUCACGGGAAACACUAUUAUUGCACACAGAGUGGGUCCAUUCAACUUAUUAUGUGACUUGUGAAGCACAUUUUUUACUCCUGAACCGAUGUAAGCUUGACAUAACAAAGGAGUUGAACACUCAUUUAAGACAUUUCAGUUUUUUAAAUGAGAAAGUGAGAGUUGUAUGAAUCAGUUCAUUAGCUCAGACAUGAAGGGCUUUCAGACUUUAUGGCAUUCCCAGAAAGCAUGCAUUAUUGAGGCAUUAUUUAUUUUACACUUAAGACAUGAAUCUGCCGUUGUGCUGUAGAAUUUGUGAAUUUUGAAACUUGUAAAAUUAUUGUAUACGUUAGUUUAUACUGGAUUGAGCGUAUAGUUUCGUUAACUGUCAUUUUGUUAGCUAUGCUACAACUUUCCCUCCAUCUUGUGCCAACAUCAGUUAUUUUUAAGUCUUGGUUCCAAUAGUAAAAACUAUUUUCUAAGAGUUCUCAAUUGGAUAUGCUCUCUGCAGUGUUUUGUAUGUGAACAUCAUUUUCGGACUCAAAUAAGAUUCCCUUAAGGUUGCUCUGAUGUCCAAAAUAUGCAUGUAUUCCAAAUUGACUUUGUAAUUCUGUCAUGGAAAUAAACGUAUUUCCUGUUA